AUGACCCGACCUCGCCGCCAACCGUCCCAGCCUGUAUCUUUGCAGCCGAGCGAUCAAAACGCCUCCGUGCGCGAUAGCGGCCUCGCCUACCAGCAGAUCGCCAUCCAGCUCGCCACUACCUACUUGGACCCACCCAACCAGCUUGAGCAUGCCCAAUUCUCCUCCGACGAGCGCAUCGCCGCAUCCAAGGUCACCCUCGCGCAUGGUGGAGACUAUGCAAUGCACAACUGGCUGAACGUCAUCUUCUUCAACGAGACCGCGCUCUAUCUGUACAGGACCAACGGAGAUAGCCGUGGGUGGCGGCAACGGGGCGAUCCGCUUGAUGCAAGCAGUGUACAGAGCAUCGGAGCAUUGUCGGCCUCUGAAAGUCUCUUGCAGUCGUCGCACAAAGUGCUCGGCAUGCAUAUUCAGUGCGAACGACUAUUCGGGUCUGAGGAGCAGCUGUUUGAGCACUUGCGCAAGGUGCACGUUGGUCUUCGCUCGGACAAGACGUUUCAAGGUCAAUGCCUGUGGGCAAACUGCUCGCGAGUUGACCAGCAUUUUGUCAAGCCUUACGACUUGAUGUCCCACAUUCAAGUGCACGUUAAUGUUCGGCCGUUCGAGUGCAUUUGUGGCUCACGUUCGAAACGGCAGUCUGAUCUUCGGAAGCACCUUGGGUGUUGCUGCCGGGGAAAGGCUUUCAAGUGGACGACGGCGACAUGGGCCUUGUUCAUGGCCAGAAAGGGCUUCUCGGACGACGCCAUUACACGCAUCCUUCAGCUGGUGCAAACUCCUGCGGAUAUUCUUCGAGUGACGGAAGCUCAGCUGCGCGAGGCCCAGAUUGAUGCACCAACUUGUCGUCUCUUUCUUGAAAGCAUUCCUUUCGAGACUCGCGAGAAACGACCGGACGAGAUCAGCCUCUCGCCCACUCCCUCGCGCCUGAAACGGGCGGCAAGGAAACCACCAAAAGAAUUAACGUUUGUGUCCUGGACUGGUUCAAACGAAACGGUAGAUUUGAGCCAGUAG